CUUCUGUUUUGUCCUUUGACAUCCCUAGAAGUGAGAAAAAAAACAUCAGGCGAACGUUCUAGUCGGCAACACCUCACCGGAGUGCGAAAAAAUUACUGCGUGUUUUCUGUAAUUUCCUGAAAUUAUUUUCUCUGUCCUAUAUUCCGACGGUUAGAAAAGAAACGGCAAAGCAAUGGCGUGCCCGAUUGAUCCGGCCGAGCUGAAGAAGCUGAAAAUUUUCGUCGACCUGUGCGCGGCUCAGCCGCAACUAUUGAAUCUACCUCAGCUGAGCUUCUUCAAGAGCUUCAUUGAGAAGCUGGGUGGUAAGGUCCCUGAGGGUCAGCCAGAGUUUGGUGGUGCCCAGCCCAAACCGGAAGAAGCGAAAAAAGAACAAGAAAAAGAGCCCGAAGAGAAGAAGGAAGAGUCUGAUCCGGAAUCGGACGUCGAACUGGACAUGGAAGGAUGUGUUGAACCGGAUAACGAACCGGAACAACCGAUGGGUGACGCUUCGAAGGAACCCAGUGAAGACGACAUCGAUAAGGCAAAUGAGCUGCGAUCGAAGGCAGCAGCGGCAUAUUCGGAGCAAAAUUUCGAGGAUGCGGUCAAAUUGUUUACGGAAGCGAUUGAGUUGAAUCCGAGAAGCGCGCUGUAUCACGCAAAACGCGGACAAGCCUACCUGAAGCUUUCGAAACCGAAUGCCUGUAUUCGGGAUUGUACACGGGCAUUAGAGAUCAACCCGGAUUCUGCUACGGCUUACAAGUUCCGUGGACGAGCUAAUCGUCUCUUGGGCAAGUGGGAAGAAGCUGCCAAGGACCUGCGCCAGGCCUGCAAGCUAGAUUACGACGAGGAAGCUGAUGAAUGGCUGAAGGAAGUCACUCCGAAUGCGAAGAAAAUCGAGCAGCAUAAGCUGAAAAUGGAGCGACGUCGUCAGGAGAAGGAGCUCCGUGAAAGACAGGAGCGCGUCCGGAAGGCACAGGAGGCCAAUCGAAAGGCUGCAGAAGAGAAGGCCCGCGGAGACGGUGGUGACGGAGACGACGGUGAUGAUUUCUUCAGCGGCGCAGGAGGAGGUGCUGGAGCUGAAGACAUUUUGAAUGCCUUCAAGGAUCCGGAAGUGGCCGCUGCUCUGCAGGACAUCAUGGCCAAUCCGAGCAACAUCGGCAAGUACCAAAACAAUCCUAAGGUUAUGAAUCUGGUAACGAAGAUCGCUUCCCAAACGUCCCAAGCGGGCGGUUUUCCGGGUUUCGGUGGUGCCCCGGGAGGCGCCGGCGGGUUCCCUGGUGGUUUUUCGGGUGCCGGUGGCUUCCCCGGGGCUGGGGCUGGCGCAGGUGGCUUCCCAGGAUUUGGCGGUGCUCCCACUGGCGGGCCCAAAACCACUGACGACCUAGAUUAAGGAAAACAUUUUUUUCUCAGAAUAGAUGGAUGCAUUUCUAAGUUGAGGUUUGAUGGACGUUGGCUUUCUUUGUGGAUUACAUUUUUCUUCUAACAGACUGUCGAAAGCGACGUUUUAAAGAGUUUACAAUACCUUUCAUGUCACGAAGUUUGUCACACUUGAACUAUAACUAACCCUUCGCUAUUCCUAAUGGAGAUACUUCGUUUAAUAUAGUUACAGAUAGAGGAAUAAGAUAAGUACGUAAUACACUUCAGGUGAUCUUAAGA